AUGCAAACUCGCCAAAUAUCAUAUCGUCAGAUAGCCCAGAGACUCGGCAUCUCUACUCAAAGAGCAGACAAGAUUGUGACAAAAGAACUUGGGUUCUCAAAGGUUUCUGCAAGGUGGGUCCCUCCUCUUUUGAUUCCUGAACAGAAACGCACCAGAUGCACUUUGUCCACGAGCAAUCUGGAACUAUUUGAAGCCUCAAUGGUUGCCAUGGCAAUAAUUCGUGAUUGUGGAUACGAACUUGUUCCCCAUCCUCCUUAUUCACCAAACUUAGCUCCCUCUGACUUUCAACUAUUUCCAAAACUGAGAAAAGCCCUGACUGGUCGCCAUUUUGUCAGUGACAAUGACAUCAUAGACGCUGUAGGAAUUUUCUUGGACUCUGAAACAAAAGAGUUCUACGUCGGGAUAAUGGCACUUCAGCACCGCUGGAUAAAGUGUUCAACCAUCGAGGGGAACUAUGUUAAAAAAUAA